CAUGAUCAAACGAUCACAUAGCAUUUUGUUUACGAAACGCACUGGAAACAAUUAUCAUUAAUCAUGGGCUCAAAGUACGUCUCCACCUCCACAAAACCGGUUGAAGACGCAAAGAGUGCAAACAAUACCGUCACUAGCCCGGAUAACAAAGAAUGGAACAAAGAUCUUGCCAAGUUACUAGCGACAAUGCAGAAUCAGCAGGAAACGAUGGCAAAGUGCUUGGAACAGUUAACCAUUUCCCCGUUCGUGAAGAAAGGGCGCGAAAAUUCCAUCCUCAGUAAGCUGGAAAACAGCGUACCUUCCUUCAGGUACAACGACGCCUCGGAAGACACUUUCGAUAAGUGGUUCUUCGAAAACCGCGAUGUCUUCGAGGAUGGGGACGCGGUCCAUCUGGAUGACCGAGCCAAGGUUCGGCUGUUGCUUAGCAAACUGAAUGCGGCAAAUUGCCAAACCUACAAGGAUUCGAUCGAACCAAAGCUGUUCGUCGAAGUUACGUUCAAGGAAACGGUCAGCAAGCUGAUGUCACUGUUCGGAAAGACGAAGUCCUGCACCGCCCGGCGUCUGCAAUUUCUGCAAAUGAUCAAAAAGGAGGAUGAACCACUCAAUGGCUACCUCGCGCGGAUCAACAGAGCUUGCUUCGAUGCCGAAACAUCGGAUCUUACGACGGAACAGCUAAAGUGUCUGAUUUUCCUGUCCGGAUUGCAAUCGAAGGAGGAUGCCGAGUUACGCAAGUGGUUGACGGAAAAGCUUGAUAAGUCAAACUUUAAUCUCACAGUUACGGAUCUCGUGACCCUUAGCGACAAAUUCGCCCAUCGCAAAACGGCCGCGACUACUUCGCCCUGGCAGGAGGUGUAUGUAACCUUUGCGGUUACUGAGGGCCUGUUUCACGUCAUCCUGAUGGAUUCGUGCUCGUUCUGGCCAGAGGUGUUGGACACAUCCGAUCUUACGGCGGGUUCUAUUGUUAAAUGCUUGGACACGGUUUUCGCACGCCUUGGCCAGCCGGAUGUUCUAAUCUCUUGCGAUGGUACGCAGUUUGAAAGCAAGAUGUUCAAAGCGUACUGCGCCGAAAAAGGUAUCAAACAUCGACGGUGCUACAUGUGGCCGUCAACGAACCGGAUUGAACAGUUUAAAAUCAAACUUAGAACAACUGUAAUGGAUGCCCCAGUAGACCUCGCAGAUGUGCAAAAAGCAGUUACAGAUAUGCUGGUUCAGUACCGAUCGUCACCGCACCAGGACAUUCCGGGAAAUAAAUCGCCAGCAGAAUUAUUCUUCGGGAGACGCAUGAGGAUGGCACCAUCGGAUGAUCUGCACGAUUUUGUAGAAGUGCUACCUUGCGUGCUAUCUUGCUACACAUAGAUUUCUAAGGUAUUUGAGUUAUCUAGACGGUCGCGGUCAUAUUCUGUCACCGUUUAAUGCAUUUAAAAACUCUUUCAUUUUGAUGCUGUACUGGGAUUCCCGUAUUAUUUCGUGCACAUCAUUACGGCGAUACAUUCGGGUCGGGUACAUUAUUAACUACUUACAUUCAAUGAUUAUUACCAAAACGAUUAUUGCCAUAAGCCUGAAGGUAGACACGAAGCAGGCACUAACUAUUAUAAAUAGAAGGUCAUUGACGAACCUGACCGGCUAAGAAAUCGUU